AUGGCGGCCGCCCUGGAUGCUUUAGCACCCUACGUGAAGAAGCUUAUCGCGGACAUGGCACAAGAAGAGGUGGCCAUGCAGCUUGGUGUCUCCAGCGAGAUCACCAAGCUGGAGGACAACAUGGAAGGCCUCAAAGCCUUCCUCAAAGAUGCCGAGAGCAGGCGCAUCACCGACACGAGCGUGCAAAGAUGGUCGACAAAGCUCAAGAACGCCUUGUAUGAUGCCACUGACAUCCUCGAGCUGUGCCAGCUCGAGGCUGACAAACGGAGGGAGUCUAGAGGUGGUGGCAAUGUGGAGCAUAAGUCGCCCGGCUGCUUCCAGCCAUUGCUCUUCUGCCUGCAGAAUCCCGUGUUCGCACACAAGAUAGGCAGCCGCAUCAAGGAGCUCAACCAGAGGCUGGAAGUCAUCCACAAGGAGGCGGACAAGUACAAGUUCAAUAUUGGCCUCGGUUCCAACCCCGAGCCAAGGAAGCUAACUGCUGCUGAGUUAUCCAGCUAUAGGACAAGUUCACUUGUCGAUGAGUCAGCCAUAGUUGGAGAACAGAUAGAGAGGGAUACAAGGGAGCUCAUUCACUUGCUAACCUCAAGUGAUAAUAAUCACAACAUCAAAGUUGUGUCUAUAAUUGGUGUUGGUGGCAUGGGAAAGACUACUCUUGCUCAGAAGAUCUUCAAUGAUGCAACCAUCCAAGAGCACUUCAAGACAAAGACGAUAUGGCUAAGCAUCACUCAACAGUUUGACGAUGUUGAGCUAUUGAGGACAGCAAUCAAGCAUGCUGGAGGCGACCAUGGUGCUGAGAAGGACAAAAACACUCUGACGGAGACCCUAUUCCACACCCUGUCCAAUGGAAGGUUUCUGCUGGUGAUGGAUGACGUGUGGAGCCAGAAAGUGUGGAACAAUGUGCUUAGUGUCCCAGUCAGAAAUGCUAGCAAGAAACAACCUGGAAGCAGGGUCCUUGUCACCACAAGAUCUGCACACCUACCCCAACAGAUGCAAGCCCCCCUGCACCAACACCGUGUCAAGCCUCUAGAGAAUGAUGAUGCUUGGUCUUUGCUCAAGAAGCAGCUGCAGCCUGAUCAGGUAGAUGGAAUUGACCAACUGAAAACUAUCGGGAUGGAAAUUCUUGAAAAUUGUGAUGGCUUACCACUUGCAAUUAAAGUGAUUGGAGGACUCUUGAGCACAAGAUACCCAAGUGAGCAUGAGUGGAAAGCUGUUCUGAACAUGCCUGCAUGGUCACUGACUGGACUGCCUCUAGAACUAGACAACCGGCUGUACUUGAGCUACGAGGAUUUGUCUCCCCAAUUAAAGCAGUGCCUUCUGUAUUGCUCGAUGUUCCCUAAAGGUGUAGCAAUCUUACAAGCCGUAGUUACUGAAAUGUGGAUCAGUGAAGGACUUAUUCAACCACCAGAUAAAAGAAGUACCAGUUCACAUGAGUAUGGGUUGGAAGACAUAGCAACUGAGUAUUACCGAGAGUUAAUAAAGAGGAAUCUUAUAGAACCUAUGAAAGGAUAUUCUCUCACUGGAUACAAGUGCACCAUGCAUGAUGUGGUCAGAUCCUUUGCUGAAUAUAUGGUAAGAGAAGAAUCAGUUGUGAUGGUUGGCCAAGAGCAGGCUACUACCAGUGGUGGUGGGAUGCUUGUACGUCGCCUAUCUAUAGGACAAACCGUAUCAGUGGUGGAAUGGGCUGUUUUGCAAAGGCACAAGUCACUUAGAACAUUAAUUGUAAACUCUAGGGUAAACUUUCAUCCUGGUGAUUCGGUGGGUAGUUUCUCCGGUCUACGUGUGCUGUACAUAAUGUCUGCCGAUUCUGAUACACUAGUUCCCUCUCUGUCUAUGUUGAAGCUCUUGAGAUACCUUCACUUGGAAGAUACUGAUAUAUCUAGGCUACCGGACGACAUCCAGAAGAUGAAAUUCCUACUAUACAUUUCACUUGGUAAUUGUAAGAGGCUAUGCUAUCUUCCUAGCAGCAUCAUAAAACUUGUGCAUCUAAGAUCUCUUAACAUCGAUGGAUCAAAUGUUAGUAUCAUUCCUAAGGGGUUCAGUGAGUUAACAAAUCUGAGGUCACUGUCUGGUUUCCCAGUACACAUGGACAUGGAUCCGAGUAGUAGCUGGUGCAGUUUGCAAGAGCUAGAGCCUCUCUCUCAGCUUAUGAAGCUUACAUUAUAUGGCCUAGAGAAGAUGCAGGACAGCCGGAUGGCUGAAAAGGCCAUGAUUAGCAGCAAGCGCCACCUUUGGUAUCUAGUGUUGAACUAUAGUGCAAGUGGACAUACUAUAGGGACAUGCGGUGGUGAGGCAGAGCAGCAGCAACAACAGAGUGUGACCGAGGAAGUCUUGGAAAAGCUCUGCCCUCCAACCUGCCUAGAGAAUCUUACUUUGAGAGGGGGAUACGUUGGUCGCCAGCUACCAAACUGGAUGUGUGCUCCAGCCUCGGCGGACUUUAAGAGCCUAAGGUAUUUGAGGCUGGAGAACCUGCCUUGCUGCACCCAGCUCCCUGAUGGUCUGUGCUGCCUCCCAAGUUUGGAAUUGCUGAUCAUCAAAGAUGCGCCAGCCAUCAAGCAUAUUAGCCCUCAAUUCCAAGCGUCAUCCUCCAUGGCAGCUAGAGGUUCCGAUGGUAGUACAUCUGCACCGUUUCCGAAACUGAGAAGACUAAAUAUGGUUGGGCUACGUGAGUGGGAGGAGUGGGAAUGGAACGACUGUGAGGAGCAUAUGGAUGUGGAAACUGCCAUAGCCAUGCCUUGUCUGGAGAGACUCCAAAUCACAAACUGCAAGCUGAGCUGUCUUCCAGCAGGCCUCGCCAGCACCAAGAGGCAUACUCUUAGAGAACUAUGGCUGUACAAGCUCACCAACCUGACACAUGUGGAGAACAUCCCUUCAGUUGUGGAACUUGACGUGUUUGACUGCCCUGAGCUAAAGAAGAUCAGCGGCCUCUCCAUGUUGCAGAAGAUUAGGAUCGCUCGCUGCCCAAAGCUGGAGGUUCUAGAAGGUGUACCAGCACUCGACAGCCUCAUACUGGAGGACCCCACCAUGGACACGCUUCCAGAAUACCUGCGAGCUGUAAACCCAAGGUAUCUCGAGUUGGAUUGCAACAAGAAACUAUACGAAUCCUCCUCAUCUCCAGGUAGCUCCGAAUGGGACAAGAUCAGCCACAUUGGAAGGCACAACAUUGUCUGCCUCGAAGAUGGGUUCAGGUAA